AUGUCUUUUAAAAUUUGUGCAGAAGCUAUUGAUGGAAGACCAGAGCCAGUAUCUGAAGAAUCCAGAGGCUUACUCAAGCUUUGUUCUCAUCAAAAAUUCCUGGAACUAUGCACAAAGGAGGCUGGAAGGAUCUACCCAAUCAAAGAGAAGGCGACCCGCACUCGCCUGGCCCUCAUCAUCUGUAACACAGAGUUUGACUCUCUCCCAAGGCGCAAUGGGUCUGAAUAUGACAUCCAAGGGAUGCAGAGGCUGCUUGAAGACCUGGGCUACACUGUUGUUGUAGAAAGAAAUCUCACAGCCAGGGCCAUGAAGAGAGUCCUAAGAGAUUUUGCUGCCCGCCUAGAGCACAAGUCCUCAGACAGCACAUUCUUGGUGUUCAUGUCCCAUGGCAUCUUUGAUGCGAUCUGUGGGAUCACACAUGGUGAUGAAACACAAGAUGUGUUGCCUUAUGAUUCCAUCUUCCAGAUUUUCAACAACCAGAACUGUUCCCAUUUGAAGGACAAACCCAAGGUCAUCAUCAUCCAGGCCUGUAGAGGGGGAAACACUGGAGAGGUGUGGGUCAGCGAUUCUCCAGCAGGCUCAGUGGAUAGCUCUUCACGGUUUUCUGAGAACCCGAUGCAUGAUGGUGUCCACAAGGCCCAUGUGGAGAAGGACUUUGUUGCUUUCUGCUCUUCAACACCACAUAAUCUUUCUUGGAGGAAAAAAAAUGGUUCCAUCUUCAUCACAGAACUUAUAAAUAAUAUUCAAGAACAUUCUUGGUAUUGUCACCUAACAGAAAUAUUUAUGAUGGUUCAACGAUCAUUUGAAAUACCAGGUGUUAAAGCUCAGAUGCCCACAAUUGAAAGACAAACCUUGACUAAACUUUUUUACCUCUUCCCAGGCAAUUAA